AUGUCCAAGAUGGGCCUGUACAGCUUCGCGGCGCCCCGGGCGAUCGCGGCCCGGCUCCAAGCCGGCCGCCUCAACGAAGACUGGGCCGUGGUGGACGUGCGAGGUACAGAGACUGAGACACACUGCUGCUGCUGCUGUGCCGUCGCUGACGCCGAUUCUUCCGCGUUUUCUGUGUGGGGCGGCGGUGCAGACUCGGACUACAUUGGCGGACACAUCCCGGGGUGCCGGCACGAGCCGUCGGAGACGUUCGAGGCGCGGUGUGGGGCGCUGGUGGCGGCGCUGAAGGACGUGCGCUGUGUGGUUUUCCACUGCAUGUUGUCGCAGCAGCGGGGGCCGACGGCGGCCUCUCUGUACGCGCAUCGGCGGGACGCCGCGCUGGCCUCGGGGGCGCUGACGUCGGCGCUUCCGUUCGGCGCCGAGGCCCGCAGACGCGGCGCGGCCCAGGAGGUGCUCGUCGUCGCGGGCGGCUUCCGGCAAUGGGCGGCCGAGUACGGCGGCGACCCGGCGCUUCUCUCCCUCGACAAGACACGCGCACGCGCCGGAACAGUCGCCCUCCCCCCAUCCUCCGCAUCAUCCUACUUCGGCCGCGGCGUCUUCGCAACCAACUUCGUCCCCCGGAGCACCCGGAUGAACGAAGAGCUGCGCUCGAUCCGCUCAGACGACUCGGCCCUCGCCGAGAGCGAGGACCCCGACGAGGCCGGCCACGUCCGCACGCUCGACUACCUCGGCCUGGAUGCCGACUCGCCCGUCUCGCCCACCGUGCCCCACCACCCCCAGUCGGCCUUCGUCGGCGGAUCGGACGACAACCCCUACUCCGGAGCCAACUCCCCCUCGCUCCUCGACGACGACUACGCCGCACCGCUCGGGAGCGCCAACUCGCUCGCCAGCCAGUAUGCCUCCACUCGCCAGCAGCAGCUCGAGGCCAUCCAGGCCGAAGUCCACGAUAAACAGAUGUCCGCCUACUCGGCCCUGCUCAACUCCACCUCCUCCAACGGCCUGCUUGCGCCCAUCAGCCGUCCCCGCGCCAACACCCUCGGCGGCGCCUCCCUCCUCGCCGGCAUGGGCCACUCGGGCUUCCUCAGCGCGCUCAACAGCCCUUCGCAGCACGACUCGCUCUCCAGCCACAACAUCAACGGCAUCAACUACAACUGGAUGGCCGGCUCGCGCCCCAUCACCCCCGACUUCAACAUCGCCGGCAUCAUCCAGCAACCCUCGCGCAGCCUGUGGAUCGGAAACUUCGACCCCUCCACCACCGCCCAGGAACUCAUGAACGUCUUUGCGAGAUCCGUGGGCUGUGUUCCUGGCUCGCCCCGCUUUUGUAUCCCCUCCCUUGCCGCCAUUCGUUCCCGCUUCGUUCCGCUCCCGUCGCGAUGUUUUUUCUGCAGAGCGCGAGGACGAGUCCUGAGCGCGCCCGGAUCCGCGCUCCACACACCGCUCUCUACCCCUGCUUAUUCUCUGUAUCGUCGCCCGCCAUCUGAUCUACCAAGCUUAUAUUCUCUCGUCCAGUCUCGCGAGAUCCUUCCUCCUUCUCCCUGUUUUGCCAUGCACAUCUCCCCAAAAAACGUCCCUCGUCUUCGCCGGACGCGGCCCCGUCCGGCGCUCUGUCGCCGGCCCCGCGCGACUGGUGGCCCCGCCACGGCGGCCGCCCCCGCCGCUUUUCCUCUCCCGUUCGCCUCCGAGUGGGCAUAG